ACAGAUGUGGGGGGCCAGGUGUGGCUGGAGCACGCCAAUGCGCCCAAGCCCUACCACCCGAAAAUUAAACGAGCAAGAAUUUCACAAAAUCGCUAGCACAUUCAAAACCCGCCCCAUCCAUCACAACCCACCUCGAGUAGGCAAAACAUCACACCCCAACAAGCGACUCACCAGCCGAAAAUGCCUACCAGAUUCUCCAAGACUAGAAAACAUCGUGGCCACGUCUCGGCCGGUCACGGUCGUGUUGGCAAGCACCGCAAGCAUCCUGGUGGUCGUGGUAUGGCCGGUGGUCUGCACCACCACCGAACCAACAUCGAUAAAUACCACCCUGGUUUCUUUGGAAAAGUCGGCAUGCGAUACUUCCACAAGCAACAGAACCAGUUCUGGAAGCCCAUAAUCAACCUUGACAAGCUGUGGUCGCUUGUCCCCGCCGAGACCCGCGAGGCUUACCUGUCCGGCGCGAAGAAGGACACGGUACCAGUCAUCGACCUCCUACCCCUCGGCUACUCCAAACUCCUCGGCAAGGGCAGAAUCCCGGAAAUCCCGUUAGUCGUCCGAGCGCGGUGGGUCAGCAAAUUGGCGGAGAAGAAGAUCACAGACGCUGGCGGCGUUGUCGAGCUGGUGGCGUAAAGAGGCGCCGGCAGAAGGGUUUCUAUUUCAGGAAGA